CGUCGCGGCGGCAACCCGAGCGGGUGCGCGGCGGUGGCGCCAUGGACGGGCAGCGGGACGAGGAGCAGCAGGGCCGGCGGCAGCCGGAGCCCGGGAAGAACAUCAUCAAGAUCCCGUCCUACCAGGAGGUCUUCGGGAGUGGCGCCUCAUCCUCCCCCGCGCCGCCGUCCUACAACCCUCCGCCCCCCAGCGCCGCCACCGCCUCUUCGUCGUCGUCGUUCUCGCAGGCCUUCUCCUUCCUCAAAUCCACCGAGUUCUACUCCCCGCCACCUCCGCCACCACAAGCGACCACUCCACGACCGCCUCACGCUAGCUCAUCCGCUCCGGCGCCGAAGAACGCCAUUCUGGUGAGCCAUAGGCAGAAAGGGAACCCCUUGCUGAAGCACAUCAGGAAUGCAAGGUGGACGUUCGCCGAUGUCGUGCCGGACUACGUGCUCGGACAAUCGUCAUGCGCACUGUACUUAAGUGUCCGAUACCAUCUUCUACACCCUGACUACUUGUACUAUCGGAUAAGAGAACUGCAGAAGAAUUUUAAGCUCCGUGUCAUCUUGUGCCAUAUUGAUGUUGAAGAUGUUGUCAAACCUUUACACGAAGUUACAAGAACAGCAAUUCUACAUGAUUGCACACUCUUGUGCGGCUGGAGCCUGGAGGAAUGUGGCCGGUACUUGGAGACCAUUAAAGUGUAUGAAAACAAGUCAGCUGACAGCAUUAGGGAACAUAUGGAUAAUGACUAUUUAUCAAGGUUGACACAUGCUCUUACAUCCAUUCGGCAUGUUAAUAAAACAGAUGUCGUGACGCUUGGUUCAAAUUUUGGGUCACUUUCACAAGUUAUGAAUGCUUCUAUGGAAGAACUUGCUCGGUGCCCAGGAAUUGGUGAGCGGAAGGUCAAACGACUUCAUGACACUUUCCACGAGCCAUUCAAAAGGGCUUCCAGCCGCCCAAACAUUGUAGUACCUGACACUCCUGACAGAGAGAGAACGCCAGGCCGACCUUUAUCGACAAAUGAUGGUGCACAGGAUGCCGUAGAAAAGCCAGAUGCGUCCGUGAAGAAGAGUUCUAACGUAAGAUCAGCCCUUACCGAAGCCUUUGCCAAGUAUUCAGAAAAGAUACGCAGCCAGAACCGUGAUUCAACAAGUGUGGCUGAUCAAGGCACCAGCAGUUCAACUGUAGGAGAUGAGAAGAACAAUAACUAGAUUUAGCGGUAGGAAGUCCAUGGCAGUCCAAAAUGGUGAGUCCAAUCGUUCUGCGUGUGAUAGAUUGUUGUUGUACCUGCAAGAUGGUUUGUGUGUUUGCCCUCUUUAACUUCAAAAAAGACAGAAAUACUGUCAGUUCUGUUAGUAGCAUGUACAAUUGAGUCUGGAAUUCAAAUAUGUUGCCCUCUAGAUUUAGAUCUUAACAGACUAUACAGAAUAUUCAUUGUCUGGACAAGGAUGAUGUACCUCUAUUCCGCAGAAAGAAAAACGGAAAAUGUUCUCGCUUCAAAAGGGUUUUAUUUUUAUGUUUCUAA